AUUUUGUUCUACCCAACAGGAAGUAAACUGAAUACGCACUCACUUCACAUCGGUGGGUUGGAUACUGGCAGCUGACAAGUUUAUAAAUACAAUCGGUGUUCUGUGAAACAAAAUAAAGGUGAAAUAGUUCUCCGUUAUGAGUUUCUUCGGCUUCGGACAGAGUGCUGAGGUAGAUAUUGUUCUAAAUGACGCCGAAACGAGAAAGAAAGCAGAGCACAAGACCGAGGAUGGGAAGAAGGACAAAUAUUUUCUCUUCUACGACGGAGAGACAGUGAGCGGAAAAGUGAACGUCACUCUCAAAAAUCCAGGAAAAAGACUCGAGCACUAUGGUAUCAAAAUCGAGUUUAUUGGACAAAUAGAGUUGUACUAUGACAGGGGAAACCAUCACGAGUUUGUGUCGUUGGUGAAAGAUCUCGCCAGACCUGGUGAACUGUCGCACUCGCAGUCGUUUGACUUUGAGUUCACUCACGUGGAGAAGCCGUAUGAAACCUACACUGGCCAGAACGUCAAGCUGAGGUAUUUCCUGCGUGCCACCAUCAGCAGAAGACUGAAUGACGUCAGUAAGGAGAUGGACAUUGUGGUGCACACGCUCAGUACGUACCCCGAGCUCAACUCCUCCAUCAAGAUGGAGGUGGGCAUCGAAGACUGCCUCCACAUCGAGUUUGAGUACAACAAGUCCAAGUAUCACCUGAAGGAUGUGAUUGUGGGGAAGAUCUACUUCCUGCUAGUGAGAAUAAAGAUCAAGCACAUGGAGAUUGACAUCAUCAAGCGGGAAACCACGGGAACGGGACCCAGCGUGUAUCAUGAGAACGACACCAUCGCCAAAUAUGAGAUUAUGGAUGGCGCACCUGUCCGAGGAGAAUCGAUUCCCAUCCGAUUAUUCCUGGCAGGAUAUGAGAUGACUCCCACCAUGAGGGACAUUAACAAGAAGUUUUCCGUUCGCUACUACCUCAACCUGGUGCUCAUCGACGAGGAGGAGAGACGCUACUUCAAGCAGCAGGAGAUCACCCUCUGGAGGAAAGGUGACAUCGUCCGGAGAAGUAUGUCCCAGCAGGCCACCAUAGCCUCACAGAGAUUCGAGGGCUCAGACCGCUCCAGCUCAGAGAAAGUGCCGGAACCGAAAGAGGAGAAGGAGGACAGCAGCUAGGCGAGGAGCAGGCGCCCGAGAGCGAGAGAGAGAGAGAGAGAGAGAGGUCUCGGUGGCCAGUCGGGCAGCCUCAUCUCAGCUAACGUCGUCACUGUCCUGGUAGCUUCCAGUUUUGUGUAAUUCUAGCUGCUUCAAAAGGGAUCAGAGAAAAUCAGUCACAGCCCCACAUAACAGCUCACUCCUGAAAGGCUCUGAAGUCACACUGCGGGACCAGAGCCGGCCUGGAGUGAGCUGUUAUAGGGGGUGGGGGGGGGGCAGGCCGUGUGGGAAUAGCUAACAGGGAACAGCCUGUGUGGGCCUCUCAGGUGAUGGAGUGAAGUUCUUUGUAAUGUGAGCUUAGUUUUGUACUACAUGGAUCCAAAAAAAAGAAAAAUAUGCAACAUAUGAAAAAAAACAAACAAACAAGAGGGUGGUACUCAACAGCACGCUUCUAAAUUGAUCAAACCUUUUCUUUUGUCACGUAUCGGUUGCAAUGUAUAGUAUAUUUUUGAUAAGUUAACUCCACGUGCACUUGGGCCAUUAACCUCCCCUCAGAUUGUAGGAGAGAGAGAGAGAGAGAUGUUGCAUUCUCUUUUUAAACAUUCCAUUCUAUUAAAACAAAUGUAUCUCCCCCUGCAUUCCCCUCAGACCUUUAUAAUCAUCGUUUUAAAGAUGUUAUUUUUUUUUUGCACUAACAAUUUAAGUACGCUUUGCUGUCCUUUUCCACUCUUCGGUGGCCAUUCCGUGCGAAUCUGCACUGGGAAACAAACAUGUUGACCAUGACCUGAGGGUUGUCUCCCAGACACCCUUCUCAAGGUCCUGGGUCAGUUAACUAACUUUCUGCGGGACUAGGGCUUUGAAUAUUGUGUAGAGCUGGACACACAUAUGUGAAUACUUAAAGAAAAAAUUAUCUACUAUUUUGUUCACCUCUUGGUCUUUUAAAUCUGUCUUUUAAAUCCAGUACAUUCUGCUAGGACCUUUCUUCCUCCCUGACAGAAAGGUAUUUUGUUUGCCAUAGGAGUCGAGUGUUGUCUUCAAGAGCAAGUAGCAAAAAAAAAAAAAAAAAGCAAUCAUGAUGCUUCUACUACUCACUGCGCUUGUUUUUGCAAUCCAUUUCCACUUUUCUUACCGUACA